GUAACCCCAUUCUAUUCCUCUAUUUCUUCCAACCCCCAUCCACUUUUCUCUCUUUAUAUUUUCUCAUCAGCGGAAAUACAAAGCAAACCGAGACAAUAGAAGAGAAGCUAAAUACUCAUACUUUUGGAGCUGUAAUUGGUAACCAAUGCCUGCCCAGAAGAGAAGUUCAGACAGUCUCGAAGUUGAAGAAGAAGAAGAGAGUUCACAACAACAAGAACGUAAUCAGCAUCACCAAUCACCACCACAGAAAGUUAAAGCUGAAGAAAAUGAUGAUGGUGACGACGAUGAUGAUGAAGAAGAAGAAGAUGGGGAUGGAGAUGAAGGUGAAGAAGAUACCCAAGGAGGAGGUGGAGUAAAAGAUGGGGAUGGAGGAGAUUCUGAUGGAACAGCUUCUUCUUCCUCCUCUAGUGAUGCUGAUAACAAUACCAAAGAUGAAUUUGUCUGGGUAAAAUUGUCAGAUAUUCGUAAAGAAGUACAAUGCCCUAUAUGCCUAGGUAUUAUCCGCAAGACAAGAACUGUAAUGGAAUGCCUUCAUCGCUUCUGCAGGGAAUGCAUUGACAAAUCAAUGCGUCUGGGGAACAAUGAGUGCCCUGCUUGCCGCACCCACUGUGCAAGUCGUCGUUCUUUGAGAGAUGACCCUAACUAUGAUGCCUUAAUUGCGUCUAUAUAUCCAGAUAUAGACAAAUAUGAGGAAGAGGAAAUGGCUUUUCAUGAAGAGGAGAAGAGUCGCAAUAAGCAGAUCCAAGCUUCUAUUGCUCAGACUAUUCGAAGACAAUCGGAAGCACUUGUUAAGAGACGCUCGACUGCUAAAGCCACAGCAGCUGCAUUUGUGAGGAGGUCACGUAGAUGGAGAAAUAGUAGAACUCAAGGCACCGAAGAAUCAGAUGAUGACGCAGAUGGAAAUGGCAAUGAAGGAGGUCGGGAAUCUUCUUCUGCUGAUGAACACUGCAUAAAUCCGAAGGUGAAAAGGCACAAGAGAUGGACAGGUCAACGGUUCUCUCAGCCAUCUUCAGCAGGUGUCGAUGCAGAUGGUGGUUCUGAUGAAAAUGAUGAUGUAGAAGCGGGUAUAGAUAACAGAGGUCCAUCACCUGGGCUUGUUGGAACUCCAGAAGUGCUUACUUGGGGUAAGGGUGGUGUACGGAGUCACACACGCUAUGGCAGUGUAAGUGGUAGCAAUGGUAAGAAUGCUCGGGGAAGUCGCUUGAACAAGUUGUCUGAUUACCUCAGAAAUUUAGAGGAAAAUGAAAACGAGCUGGAUGUACAUCUCACACUUCUUCCUUUGGAUGAGCAAAGUAUGAGGAGUUUGCCCCAACCAUACCUUUGCUGCCGGCCGACGUUGUCAGUUAAACAUCUUUGCCAAUUUAUUGCACUCCAAACUUCAGUGGAAGCUGACGAUAUCGAGAUCGUAGUGGUUAAAGAGCCACAUUUUACAAAUGUUGAUGGAUCACUCGUUUCCUCAAUCUCCAGCGGUAACAUAAUUCCCAAGAUUCAUUCUUGCAAAGACAAUCUUCAAAUGUUAGAACCGAAAGAAACUCUGGCAGGGCUACAAUCGAACUGUACAUCUAGUCGAGGGGAUUUGGUUCUAGCAUAUCAAAGGCGAGUGUUGAGCUAGGGAAAGAGUGGCUUAAUUAUGACCAGAGACGAUGCAAUGAUUAAACACACCCAUAUGGCAAGAAGGAGAUCUGUUCCAUCAACUCCAUCGUUGAUUAUUGUGGAAAUUUAUACUAGUGACGACCUGUGUGGAAAAAGAUGUAUAUAGGCCUACUCAGGCGGACUCUGGAAUCAGAUGAAGGUGUUCCACGGGCCAUCAAGUGAAUUUGCUGCCACAAGUUGUCAGCUACUCUGAGUUUUCUUUCUCGGCUUGCUUCGAUUUUCCUAGUCGGACAUUAUCUAUCUUGUACUUCAAAGAGGUGCGUUACAGCUGUGGCUGUGGCCGUCUCUUGAUUCUUUGGGAGUAAAAUUUGAAUGAGACGUUCAUGCUAUUGCCGUACUUGACAUUAAGAAGAAAUUGAAAGAAGGUUUCCUCGUGAGUGAAAACCAUUUUCUUUCCACAUCACCAUUAAAAAGUGAAGGAACCAUGAAGUUAUCUAUUUGUAUGGGAGUGGAACUUGUCUUUUUCUAAUCCUUUUUUUAA